AAUCUCGCAAGAGCCCUGAGGCUUUCAAACCGAAACACGCUUUCCUUUCUCAUCAAAACGCUCCACCAUGAUCCAUAGCCUUUUCUUGAUCAACUCUUCUGGGGAUAUUUUCCUGGAGAAACACUGGAAAAGCGUGGUCAGCCGUUCUGUUUGCGAUUACUUUUUUGAGGCACAGGAGAGAGCUACUGAGGCAGAAAAUGUACCUCCAGUGAUCCCUACCCCUCACCACUAUCUCCUAAGUGUUUACCGCCACAAGAUCUUCUUUGUGGCUGUGAUCCAGACAGAGGUCCCACCUCUCUUUGUCAUUGAGUUUCUCCACCGAGUUGUGGACACAUUUCAGGAUUAUUUUGGAGUCUGUUCCGAGCCAGUGAUAAAAGACAAUGUUGUGGUGGUGUAUGAGGUACUGGAAGAGAUGCUGGACAAUGGGUUUCCAUUGGCUACCGAGUCAAACAUCCUCAAAGAACUCAUAAAGCCUCCCACGAUUCUUCGGACAGUUGUCAACACCAUAACAGGCAGCACCAAUGUGGGUGACCAACUUCCCACUGGGCAGCUCUCAGUGGUGCCUUGGCGACGGACCGGGGUGAAAUACACCAACAACGAGGCCUAUUUUGAUGUGAUUGAAGAAAUUGAUGCCAUCAUUGAUAAGUCAGGUUCCACAAUCACUGCGGAGAUCCAGGGUGUGAUUGAUGCGUGUGUCAAGCUGACCGGAAUGCCGGACCUCACCCUCUCCUUCAUGAACCCAAGGUUGUUGGAUGACGUCAGCUUCCAUCCCUGUGUUCGUUUCAAGCGCUGGGAGUCCGAGCGUAUCCUCUCGUUCAUCCCUCCUGAUGGAAACUUCCGUCUGCUCUCCUACCAUGUCAGUGCACAGAAUCUGGUUGCAAUCCCAGUGUAUGUCAAACAUAACAUCAGUUUCCGGGACAGCAGUUCCCUUGGACGCUUUGAAAUAACAGUGGGACCCAAGCAGACGAUGGGCAAGGCCAUAGAAGGAGUGAUUGUCACCAGCCAGAUGCCCAAAGGGGUCCUGAAUAUGAGCCUGACUCCGUCUCAGGGGGUGCAUACGUUUGACCCAGUUACAAAGAUGCUGUCUUGGGAUGUAGGGAAAAUAAAUCCUCAAAAGCUACCGAGUUUGAAGGGGACCAUGAGUCUUCAGGCUGGAGCUUCCAAGCCAGAUGAGAACCCCACCAUUAACCUGCAGUUUAAGAUCCAGCAGCUGGCCAUUUCUGGACUCAAAGUGAAUCGUCUGGAUAUGUAUGGAGAAAAGUACAAACCCUUUAAAGGCAUAAAAUAUAUGACCAAAGCUGGAAAAUUCCAAGUUCGAACCUGAAGGGAGAGUUUACAGAAGGAAAAGUUAUGAACAUUUGCUCAUGUCUUCUUUGUCUAAAAGUGAAAAAAAAAAAUCCAACCUGUCUCCUCGGUCAGUCCCCCGGCCCCACCUGCUCCCUGUUUUCCUUAGCCUGCCGUGCCAUGGAACCAAGCAAGGGGGCAGAGGGUCGCCAGGGAGAGCUGCACAGAGCGGCAACACAAUCAACAGCAGCUCAGGUUUCCAAGGAAGGGGGGUGACGGCAGGCAGAGAUGACAGCACACGUCACUAUUUUUUGAUGGCUGCCAUAGAGAAAGGCGUGCAUUCGUUGCUUGCUUGGCUUUAAUUAUCUAAAGCCAGUGAAAGAUUUCUUUGAUGCUGGUUUUUAAAGGUGGAAAGAAAGAUUACUUAAGACUCACUCUCACUCACUCACUUACUCUCUCACUCACUCUCAUUCACUGACUCACUCUCUCACUCACUCACUCAC